ACGUUUCUUCAUUAUCCGCACAACAAAUGCUAACAAUAAUAUAGCGAGGAAUGCAAUUAAGGUUGAGCAAUAUUCCACUUCUGUUGUUGUUUUCUAAGCGUGUUCCGGUGCCGAAUUUUGCAUUAUUCGAACCCGCCGAGCGUAAAAUGUACGAUUGUUGUGGGUUUCUACACUUUAUGGAUUUUCAUUUAUCAAUUCUAGAUGAAGGCGACUUGAAGGAGACGACUCGAUCACCGUGGAAAAAUGGCUAAAAGGGUGGCCAAAAAUCACUACGUCGCAUCGCCGAGGCACAGUCACUCCCCCACGCCGGUCCACGUGCCCCGGCACGCGGCCUACUCCGACGGGGAGGACAGCCAGCGCGCCCCGUCCGAAAGGACCCUCUCCGAAUACAAUUCAGUGCCAUAUACGAUAGUGAACGAACGGAACGGCCGAAAGUACCACAACUACCAAAAAAGCAAUAAUAGUUACCAGAAUGGUCAUCAAGGCACGCCGAGGGCUCCGUCGGCGCUCAGCAGAGCCAGUGGCUACGACACCAACGGCUCGGACAUUUACGUCACCAGCGGGGCCUAUAAGGCUCCUUCCGAAUACAGCAGAAACUCGCGGGCGCGCGCCCCCAGCCACAUGUCCUACAGGAGCGCCACGGCCCCCUCCGUGGCGAGCACGGCCAAGUCCAGGAGCUCCAGAAAGGCGGGCAUGCGCGUGGAAGCCAUGGCGGCCCCCAACCCAUUCUGUCCCAACAUCAAAGGCAUGUGUUGCUUGAUGUUGCUGCUCAAUCUCGGCAUCAUACUCGUUACCCUGGGCUUCGUGAUAGUCAUACAGUUUUUCGAGCCGGUGUACGUGUGGGUUCUAGGGAUAGUGUUCUUGAUAUUCGGGUUUCUGACGCUCGUUGGAAGCCUGAUCUACUGCGUGGUGAUAUGCAGGGAGUUCAAGCGGCCGGAGGAGGUGAAUCCGGACGAGCUUUACUGGACCCAUCACUGGCAAAAGACCAUAGGAGCAUCGCCGGAGAUACACUACAAAGCCGAGGACAAGUACGGGGACGAUAGAUACAGCGAUCGGUACUCAGUCAGUAAAUUGUCGGGGAAAUAUUCCGAUAGUAGAAACGGGAGGUACUAAUUCAAUAACAAACUAGCUGGCCUGCUACUAAUAAUAUUAAACCUGAAUGUUUUGUAUUGAUUUUAAUUUAACGUUAAAUUGUAAAUAAUAAUCUAUUCCUGUUUGUUUGGAAUGCGCGUUUUAAUGUAAUUUACGUAGGAUAUAGCGAAAAAGAAAACGAAUAAAUGUAAAAUAUUAUUUUAUCAUAAACGUUACAAUUUGUAGGUACAUACUGCAUGUGAUAUUUAUUAUACUGUAAAUAUUAA